AUGGAGGAGAUAAUGACAAUGAUCUUCAACGGAAUCAAUCUGGUUAAGGAGCUUGAGUUUAGCUUAUCAUCACAAGAGCCGCCAGAAUCAGAUUUAUCUAAUUCUCUCGGCUUGAUCUCCACUUUAUUCGGAGACGCAAACGAGCGGCUUACAAUCCUACUAGCGUGGAGGAACUCUUUGCCUCAACAUGAACCGGUUCGAAUGAUGGAUAUGAUGAUGCAGACAGAACCGGCUUUGACGCAGGACCACUUGUUAAGGUGCCCUAUGAUGCAGACGACAGUGGAGGGUCUUGAUACAUCGAGGCCAAGGGGAGGAUGGAUGUUCCCGCCGGACGACAAUUACACUUGGCGUAAAUAUGGUCAGAAGGGAAUUCUCUGUUCUACAUUUCCUCGGGCGUACUAUAGGUGCACCCACCAGAAAUUAUACAAGUGUCCGGCGAAGAAGCAAGUGCAACGGCUCGAUGAAGAUCCUUAUACGUUCCGUGUCACUUACCGUAGUACACACACGUGCCAUUUAUUCACCACUUUCCCGAUCUCAUCAGCACAUACCACCACAACAACCGCAAACGUACCCGCCGUCGUUAACUUGGCCGAAGCUAUGAUUAGAAACAUGGACUCCGUUGUUCCAUUAUUGGGUGAACCCUACUUUAACCAUCAUUGCCUCGUUCCUGGAGAUGAUGGUGAUGGCGACACGUGGAACUCUCCUUCGCAGAGAUACGAAAUGUCCUCCGAUCCUAGUUAA